AUGCUUAAAUCCAGAUGGGCGCCCCAGGGUGAAGAGGAAGCGCCGAAGCCUGCAAAGGCCCAAGCAGCAACAGAAGCAACAGCGCCUGCGCAGACUACCACAGCACCACCUGCGGUCAACGUGUCUUACGAAUCGACGUACGACACCCCCUCCAUAGACCCUUUCGCCCAGACUGCGGGCACCGACGACCUCUUCUUCGAUGACGACAUCACGCCAAUCUCCCAGCCUGUUGUAGAGCAGAGCAGCACCCUCGGCGCAGAGGCCCCGGAAUUCAUCCCUGCGCUUGAAGAGGCUGCACCACCGACUGCGCCGCAAGCACACCUUGCACCAAGAGCACCACGCGAACCCAGAAAUGCCGACCGCGGAGGCCGGGGACGGGGCCGUGGGCGCGGGGAAGGACGCGGUCGAGGUGAAGGACGUGGCCGAGGAAGAGGAGGCCGUGGGCGCGGCGGUCCAGUGGGCGACAUUCGUCUCGAGGAGCAGGCAGUUAAAGACGCAGAAGCAGCCAGAGAAGCCUCGCCCGCGCCCGAGCCUACAACUGCAGCUGCAGCCACAACAACAGAAAACAACGAGGCCCCCGCCGACGCGCCCACGGGCCCCUCCGCACCAACCACCGCCUCUGUCCGCGGCGACCGCACCUUGACCGGAGGCUCAAAGCGCACACGCCUCACCGAAGCCCAACUCAGUGCCAAGCUAGCCUCAAUGCGCAGCAAGAACGCCGCGCUAGCAAACGCCCACGCGCGCGCCGAGGCCGAUGCAACGGCCUUCGAAGCCCGCGAAGCUGUGCUCAAGCAGCAAGACGCCGAGCGUAAGAAGCUGGCUGCCGAGAAGCAGAAAGCCGAGCGCAAAGACCGGCAGCAGAUGAUGGGUGAGCGGGAGAAGAACAGACAGAGGAAGCUGAACGCGCAGGGUGGGCGAGAGUGGGAUAUCGAGAAAGAGGACGGAUUCGACGGGACAGGAGAGGAACGCCGAAGAGGCGCAGCGCGCGGAGCCUACGGCGGGGUCUCUGCCCCGAGAGCCGCUCCGGAAGGGCCAAGAGAACUGUUCGAUGACGGCGGCGAUUCCACAUCCCAGCGCGGCCGUGGACGAGGGCGAGGCGGGCGCGGCGGACGAGGAGGCCGAAGCGAUCUCCACGAGAGCCGGGCUCAGGAACCUCACGCCCACCGUGGAGGCAACAAGCAAACCUCCCAGCAACCCCCCACAAAUGCAGACUUCCCAGAGCUACCCUCUGGUCCCAAAUCAGCACCCAGCACCACCGCCGACGCGCCCAAGAUCAAGGAGUUCUCCAUCAAAGGCAAGGGCGACAACAAGAACGAAGAUAUCCGCAAGUUGGAGCCCGAGCUCAGGAGCGAAGUCGAGCCAGCAGCGUCAGCACCAGCAUCAGCACCAGCACCAGCAUCGGCAUCAGCAUCAGCGGCGUCGGAGAAGAAGGCGGAGGAGCCAGCCCCACGACCGAGUGUUAAAAAGGUGGAAUCGUUUGGGCUGGAGCCGAUGAAGAAGGGUCAGAGCUGGGCGGACGACGAGUAG